UAUCUCGUACACUAUGCAUAGUGCUGUGAAUCAUACAUCCUUUCUGAAGAGCAAAGGGACAACUUAUUUUGAAAACAACACAUAAUGCGCAACAACUGCGGAAAUAAAAUGCGCACGACCCCGUGUAAAAAUCGUCUUUGUGUUUUCUUGCAACAAGAACGACCGUCAACAUGACCGUCGCUGCGCUCGUCGACACCGUCCGCAAUUGGCCAAAAUGGAAGCAGGGAUUCCUGGUGUGCAGCGCCUGGGUCCCGGUGUAUUACUGGUGGGACCGCCGGGGAACGUACCGGAGUUCUAAAGCCUACCGCCAACGGAUCAUAUGGAUUGCAAAAGUGUCUGGGUCUGGAAAGUUGGAACUUGUGAUGCUACAUUUAGAUUCUAAAAAAAUCUGUAUUGCAUGAGCAGCAAAUAAGAGAGUCCAAAUUUUGCUACACGGAAAGAGCAUUUGUCAUGCGGCAUAGGCAUCAGGAAGCCCUCACAAAAUCUGUGAUGCUAGGGCAUGCAUCACAGACAGGAGGAGUCAUGGAAAAUGUGAAUGACAAACCUUGGAUCCUUCCAGACCCAGACAUUUUUACAUUUGAUAGAUCACGGAAAAAUGCUACAUGGAUGUGGCGAUCGGAAAUACGUACGCCGGGCGAAUUAUCAAAUGUAAAAAUGUCUGGGUCUGGAAGAUUGCGAGACUUGUCAUGCAGCUUUUCCAUGACCCAUGAGGUCUGGAAUGCAGGACGUAGCAUGACAGAUUUUUAGAGCGCUUUGUGAUGCCUCUACAGCAUGAGAAAUGACCUCUCCGCGUAGCACAAACUGGAGUCCUCUUGCUGGGCAUGCAAUACAAAUUUUUUCAGAAUCCAGAGACAGCAUCACAAGUUUAGAAUGUUCCAGACCCAGACACUUUUACAGUUGAUACGAAUCAUCUUCGGGCUCUACGGCCACGACUGUCUAUGAAUUGCAAAAGUGUCUGGGUCUGGAAGAUUGCAACUCGUCAUGCUGUUUUUGGACUCUAAAAAAAUUUGUAUUGUAUGACCAGCAAGAGGGGUCCGGUUUGUGCUACAUGGACAGGGCAUUUCUCAUGCGAAAGGUGCAUCAGGAAGCCCUCUACAAGUCUGUCAUGCUAGGUCAUGCAUUAGAGGCAUCAUGGAUCAUGAGAAAUAUGCAUGACAAACCUCGUCGAACAAGGGCUUCGUCGAUCGAUUGCGCCACUAGGGCCUUGUGUUCCGCCUACUCCGGAUCGCAAUCGAUGGAGGGCGGGACCUGCACCGGCGACAGGCGCUAUCCAACCAACCAACCAACCAACCAAACCUGGCAAUCUUCCAGACCCAGACAUUUUUACAUUUGAUACUGCCCCAUGACGAGCGAGAACUUUUUGCAGCUGUGCAAGGGCUUUGAGUAUCAAUUGCGAAUAUGUUUGGAUCUGGAAGAGUGUGAUCAUGCUGUUUGUGCAUGACACAGAAGGUCUGGCAUGCAAGUCCUAGCAACACAGGUUUGGAGCAGGUUAGGCGCUGCCUAAUCCGCAUGACAAGUUCCCUCCUUGGGUGCUGACAAGAAAUGACCAACUUUUGCGGUCCAUGCAUGACAAAUUUUUUUCUGGUCUCAAAUGCGCAUCAGAAGUUUACAUGUCUCCAGACCCAAAAAUGUUUGCACUGCAUAUUUGGAUCAACGACAAGAAGAUCGGGUACAAAAACACGCUUUUCCACCACGUGAACCCCGGGGCGGUGGUUAUCAAAGUGAAAAAAUCCCCCACCCCAUAUUCAAAAGACGAUUUGUGUUGCUGGAUUUGUGUACACAAAUUUGUAUUGGAGCAAGAGCUUGCCGGCAUAUUUUAAGCCCAUUUGGGUACGCAUCCGGCUAGCAGCUGAGCAUGAGAAACAACUCUGACAUAGGCGAAAACGCAUGACAGACUCGCUGCACGAUGCGCCACAUGGGUGCCGUUUGCCUUGCACGCAAGACGAAGCUGAUUUGUGGUCACAAAUCAGCAUCGCAAAUGUUGCUUUCGAUACGGGAAGGGGGGAUUUUUCCUUACGAUAGUGGUGGUCGGCGGUGACGUCAUCGCGGGGGAUGGAACCACCCACGUAUCAAAAGGAAAAAUCCCCCCUCCCCAUAUCGAAAAGGUAAGUUUCCAAAAAUUUGUGUUGCUGAUUUGAGGUCACAAACCACCUUUGAUGUAGUGCAAGAAGACAAGGGCAGAAGCUUCCGCCCCAUUAUGGAAGCGGUUUGCCAUGCUGUUGGGCCUAAAGGGGAGCCGUUUGCAAUGUUGAACAACUAGACCCAUACGCCCCUACCUAGCCUGGGGAUCUGAUUGCAAUACCUUCCUGCAAUACCAUGCUGAUCUGUGUACACAAAUCCAGCAUCAGAAGUUGCGUUUUAUUAUGGGGAGGGGGGAUUCUUCCUUUUGAUGCCACGGGUGCAGCAUUUACGGGCGGCAGUUUCCGGACGAGAGUUACGACAUUUUGUUCACGCACGAGGGAGAUUUGGCGAUGUGUCGCUGGGGCUUCGACACCCAGGCGUCCGCGUUUAUGAUCACGUUGUCGCGGAGUUGCAAGUAUGAAUUGCAAAAGUAUCGUACUCGUAUAAACGCAUUUACAAAUUUCCCCAGCAUGAGAAAUGAAAGCUGUAGUGCGGAUUUACCUUAAGAAAAAAAUUUGUAAUGCAUAAACGCAAUUAGUACGAGAGCGAUACUUUUGCACAGGACAGCAAGCGGUUGUGCGAGGGCGAGCACGUGGUGUUUGGGACGGUUUUAUCGUAAGGAAAAAUCUCCCCUCCCCAUAUCGAAAAGGAAAUUUGUGAUGCUGGAUUUGCGCACACAAAUCAGAUUUGUCUUGCAGUAGAGGACUGCAGGCAUAUGCGAAGCCUGGGCCGAGGGGUUUUGCCGUGGGCGCCUAGUAUGACAAAUGUCUACGCUUUAAGCAAAACAGCAUCACAACCUGCCAGCAUAAUGUGGCGGACUCUCUGGAUUUGCCUUCUUGCAAGACAGACAGGAAUUGUGGCCACAAAUCUGCAUCGCAAAUUUUCAGACAGUUACGCUUUCAAUAUGGCGCGGGGGGAUUCUUCCUCUUCAUAGGUUUUGAAGGGCAUGCGCGUGGUGGAGGACAUCGCCGCGAUGGGACCAAGAAGAGGUAUAAAAAGCACAAAGUUUUUUUUUCUGUGAAUAAACAGAAUUGAGUAUUCAUUUUCUCUCACUGUGUGAAUAUCUUUCCCCGGGAAGUAGAUCCGCCGCGCCAAAGAGCCAAAUCAAAGAGGACGUCGAGCAGCAAACUGUCGCAGGCACGACAUCUCCAAAACGCGGGACCAAUUGUUCCGUACUUUUUUCAUGAAAUAUUAACAGGCACGUUUCAAGAGCAACAAAAGCCGAUGAUGCCGGUCAGGAUUCUCGACUGCGGUGUCUUCGACGAGCAGACCGCGCGCAAACCUAUACCGAGAGAGUUUCGCACGCACCAAACCAGAAGAAUGACGGAAGAAGAAUUCGUGUCGCGCAAGGAGCUCAUGGUGGCGCUGUGAAGUGGAUGCAGAAGUUCCUCUUUUCCUCGCGCGCUCGGGAACCUCAACCUACUUACCCGGUUGCUCAUCGUCAGAAUAAAGCGCGGGAGCUUGUUGCGCUGCCGGGGGAGAGGAGUUAUGCGGGAAGAGUCCGACAGCUUGUUCACAAAAGCAUGUGCUUGCGAACGACGAGCCGCCGAAAUUUUUCUUUGUUGUUUUUGAGAGGACCACCCUAGAGAGAAAAAAAAUCCCGAUCUCAAAUGCGCACAGGAGAUGGAGAUUUGAAAAGCACACGCAGAAAAAAUCAAGUUUAUUUCACAUAAGUACAUGAUAC